AUGGGGGGGGAGGCCUUGCUGCUGAAUGGCCCCAGGGAAGAGGGCGGGGCUUCGGAUUUGCAAGGAGAAGGAAGGGAAGGAGCCUCUUUGCAGCAGCCGGAGCCCGGGAAGGUUUCCUCGCGAAGGUGGGGACUAUCUGUGAAGAUGGAAGUGGAGUUCUCUGAGGAGGAAGGGACUCCCUUGGAGGAAGAGCAGAAGGCGCAGGCCCAGGAGCGUGCCCAAGAGGCCCUCUCAGACGCCCAGGAAUAUUUCUUGCUCUUCCAAAAGCAUACACUACGUCAGGAGGAGGUGGCUGUGUUUUUCACCGAGGCUGAGUGGGCCCUUCUGGAUCCAGACCAAAGAGGUCUCUACAGGGAAGUCAUGCUGGAGAACUACAGGAAUGUGGCCUCUAAAGCAGGGAUGUACAAGAGGCUGCAGUGGAGACAGACGAAGGGCUGGAGAGUCUCUCAAGAGGAUCCCAACACAAACUUUCUUUCCCGAGUGAGCUGGCUACACGUGAGAGGAGAUGGCGAGGAGUCAAUUCGGAAAUUUCAGGGAUUGUCACAGGAAAAAGCCAAUAAUGAAAAGGCUGAAGAAAACUUCAGGACUAGAGAUGGACCACAGAAGCAGGAAGGAAGAUGUGGAGUGAAGAGGAUUGUGAAGCCCAUUCCUUACCAAGGAGGGGGCUUCCAUGAAAUCCCACCCCAUAGCCGUCACCAGUGGACUCCUUCAGGAGUAAAGUCAUUCAUCCGCUCCAAGAGUGAAAUGACAUUUUCCAGUGGGAGAAAGGGUAAUGUAUGUUUUCCAAACGACAGUAUAAUGAAGGCAUGUAAAUGCAGUUAUUGUGGAAAGUACUUCAGAUACAGACCGCAGCUUCUUGUACACCAAAAAUUACACACAGCACAGAACUGUUUUGAAUGCUCAGAGUGUGGAAAGAGAUUCAUCACAAAUAGCAAACUUAAACGGCAUACAAGAACACACACAGGGGAGAAACCGUUUGAAUGCUCGGAGUGUGGAAAGAGAUUCAGUGAGAGGGGGACUCUUCAAAAGCAUCAGAGGACCCACACAGGGGAGAAGCCUUUUGAAUGCUCAGAGUGCGGAAGGAGAUUCUUCACAAAUGGCAAACUUAAACAGCAUACAAGAACCCACACAGGAGAGAAACCGUUUGAAUGCUCAGAGUGUGGAAAGAGAUUCAUUCAGAGUGGCCAUCUUCAACAGCAUCACAGAACCCACACAGGGGAGAAACCUUUUGAAUGCUCAGAGUGCGGAAGGAGAUUCAUCAAAAAUGAUAGACUUAAACGGCAUACAAGAACCCACACUGGAGAGAAACCGUUUGAAUGCUCAGAGUGUGGAAAGAGAUUCAGUGAGAGGGGGGCUCUUCGAAAGCAUCAGAGAACUCACACCAGGGAGAAACCAUUUGAAUGCUCAGAGUGUGGAAAGAGAUUCAUUCAGAGUGGCAGUCUUCAACAGCAUCAGAGAACCCACACAGGGGAGAAGCCUUUUGAAUGCUCAGAGUGCGGAAGGAGAUUCAUCAAAAAUGACAAACUUAAACGGCAUACAAGAACCCACACUGGAGAGAAACCGUUUGAAUGCUCAGAGUGUGGAAAGAGAUUCAGUGAGAGGGGGACUCUUCAAAAGCAUCAGAGAACCCACACAGGGGAGAAGCCUUUUGAAUGCUCAGAGUGUGGAAGGAGAUUCAUCACAAAUGGCAAACUUAAACAGCAUACAAGAACCCACACAGGAGAGAAACCGUUUGAAUGCUCCGAGUGUGGAAAGAGAUUCAGUGAGAGGGGGACUCUUCAAAAGCAUCAGAGAACCCACACCAGGGAGAAACCAUUUGAAUGCUCAGAGUGUGGAAAGAGAUUCAUUCAGAGUGGCCAUCUUCAACAGCAUCACAGAACCCACACAGGGGAGAAGCCUUUUGAAUGCUCAGAGUGCGGAAGGAGAUUCAUCCAAAAUGACAAACUUAAACGGCAUAUAAGAACCCACACUGGAGAGAAACCAUUUGAAUGCUCAGAGUGUGGAAAGAGAUUCAGUGAGAGGGGGACUCUUCAAAAGCAUCAGAGAACCCACACCAGGGAGAAACCAUUUGAAUGCUCAGAGUGUGGAAAGAGAUUCAUUCAGAGUGGCCAUCUUCAACAGCAUCAGAGAACGCACACAGGAGAGAAGCCUUUUGAAUGCUCAGUGUGGAAAGAGUGCGGAAAGAGAUUCAGUCGUAGAGCCAGUCUUUUGUAUCAUCAAAGUACCCAUACAGGGGAGAAACCUUUUGAGUGUUCUGAGUGUGGAAAGAGAUUCAGUGUGAAUUCCAAUCUUCAACAACAUCAAAGAAUUCACACAAGAGAGAAACCUUUUGAAUGCUCAGAGUGUGGAAAGAGAUUCAGUUAUAGAGCCAGUCUUCUGUAUCAUCAAAGAACCCACACAGGGGAGAAACCUUUUGAAUGCUCAGAGUGUGGAAAGAGAUUCAAUCAGAGUAGCAAUCUUCAAAGGCAUCUAAGAACCCACAGAGGGGAGAAACUUUUUGAAUGCUCAGAGUGUGGACAGAGAUUCAGUCAAAGUGACCUUCUUCACGAGCAUCAAAGAUCUCAUACAGGGAGAGAAACCCUUUGA